UGUAAACAGGCCAGGUUAAUUGUUCGGUUCAUGCAAAAAUAAUCAAUAAUUUGGUAUUCGAAAAUUUAAUAUGGCAUCUACAAAUUUAGAGAGCAGGAUAAUAUCAGGGUACAAGGCAUCACACCCGUCUCCGGGUGAGGAGAUUUACAUAACUGGUAUUUCUGGCAGCUUCCCAAACUCCGACUCGGUGGUUCAUCUUCAGGAGAAUCUCUUCAAUAAGGUGGACUUAGUGACGUCUGAUAAUCGACGAUGGGUUCAUGAGCAUCCUGAAAUUCCACAUCGUAUCGGCAAAAUCAAUAAUGUGGAAAAAUUUGACGCCUCUUUCUUCAACAUUACCUACAAGCAGGCUCACACGAUGGACCCAAUGUGCAGAGUCAUACUCGAGAAGGCUUAUGAAGCUAUAUUUGAUGCUGGUCUGAACCCUGAAGACCUUCGCAAUACACGCACAGGAGUGUUCGUUGGCAGCUGUUUCUCUGAAUCUGAAAAGACUUGGUUCUAUGACAAAAUGCACUUCAACAAUUACGCUAUUGUUGGAUGCUGCCGUGCCAUGUUGUCUAACCGUAUCUCCUAUUGGCUAGGAGUUACCGGUCCGUCAUAUACCGUGGAUACAGCGUGUUCCAGUUCUCUGUAUGCUUUGGAACACGCUUUCAGAGCUAUACGAGAUGGUCACUGUGAAGCUGCUAUAGUUGGUGGCUCUAAUUUAUGUCUACAUCCUUACAUAUCUUUACAGUUUUACAGAUUGGGCGUGCUAUGUCAGGAUGGUACUUGCAAGAGUUUCGAUAAUAAAGCCAAUGGCUAUGCUCGCUCUGAGGCUAUCAGUGUUUGCUUUUUACAGAAAGCAAAAGACUCGAAAAGAGUUUACGCUCAAGUACUACACGCUAAAACUAACUGCGACGGCUACAAAGAACAGGGUAUAACUUAUCCAUCUGGAAACAUACAAAAGCUGCUGCUCAGUGAAUUUUAUGAGGAAUGCGCCAUUCCACCAUCCAGUUUGGAAUUUCUUGAAGCUCAUGGCACAGGUACUCGGAUUGGUGAUCCCGAAGAGUUAUUAGCGAUUGACGAAGUGUUUACCGCCGGUCGAUCGGAGCCACUGUUAAUAGGUUCUGUCAAGUCCAACUUAGGUCACAGUGAAGCUGCUUCUGGUUUGUGCUCGGUUUCUAAGAUGUGUAUAGCAUAUAAUACUGGAUUGAUACCCCCAAAUUUACAUUAUGACACUCCCCGAGCGGGUGUCGCUGCUUUAUCUGAGGGCCGUCUUAAAGUUGUCACAGAGAAGCAACCCUGGAACAGAGGCUUGUCUGGCAUUAGCAGUUUCGGUUUUGGUGGAGCCAACGCUCACAUUCUUUUGAAGAACAGUGCUCGUGAAAAGGUAAAUAAUGGUCUGCCAGAUGACGACUUGCCCCGUCUGGUGUGCGUAUCUGGACGAACAGAGUCUGCAGUGGCUAGAAUACUUGAUGACUUGGAGUCUAGAACUGUAGAUGUGGAACAAAUCAGGCUUUUGCAUGAUAUCUUCGAUAAAAAUAUUAAUGGCCAUAAUUUUAGAGGAUUCACAUUAUUAGGUUCAACACCGACUAGAAGCGUACCACUUGCCCGAGACAUUCGAUAUUUUUCUGGAAUUCACCGACCUAUCUGGUUUAUGUACUCGGGAAUAGGUACACAGUGGACUGGUGUGGCCACUACACUUAUGAAGAUGCCUGCAUUCGCUGCUGCUAUAGAGAAUUGCCACAAAAUACUGAAGUCAAAAGGUAUCAAUUUAGCGAAAAUAGUCACAGAUGUCGACUAUACAAAUAUUGAUAAUAUUUUGAACUCGUUCAUUGGGAUCGUGGCGAUACAGAUCGGUCUUACUGAUGUGUUAAAAACAAUUGGCGUCGAACCUGAUUACAUUAUCGGACAUGGUGUCGGUGAAUUGGUCUGCGCUUACGCAGAUGGCUGCUUUACGGCUGAACAAACUAUAAUGGCGGCGUACAGUCAAGGAUUGGCAUUUACUGAGACCAAGUUAAUUAAGGGAUCUAUGGCUAUUAUUGGUGCCAGCUAUGAUCAGAUAAAAUCUAUAUGUCCUCUUGAGAUUGACGUGGCUUCAUAUAAUGGACCCAACUCUAUAACAAUUUCUGGUCCAGCUGAUGUUAUGAAGAGUUUCAUCGCUAAAUUAUCUGCUCAGGAUAUAUUCGUCAAGGAAAUACCGUGCUCCAAAAUCGCAUAUCAUUCGCGGUACACUACCGAAACUGGUCACAGACUUCUUAAGUACUUGAAGAAAGUUAUACCAUCGCCAACAGUACGUUCAAAGCGUUGGGUUUCCACAUCAGUUCCCCAAUCUCUUUGGACGAGUUCCAAAGCUGAGUUGUCAUCUGCGGAGUACCAUACUAAUAAUCUUUUGAGUCCAGUUUUGUUUGAAGAAACCUCCCGGCUCAUUAACAAAAAUGCUGUCAUCAUUGAUCUGGCUUCGCAUGGUUCACUCCAAACCUUUCUUCAGCAGUCUAUGAAGAAGGAUAUCGUCAAUAUAUCUCUCCUUCAAAAGAGUCAUGGCGAUAACACGCAAAUACUUCUGUCGGCGCUUGGAAAAUUAUUUGAGUCUGGUAUAAAUCCCCGUCUUGCUAAUCUCUACCCCCACGUGGUAUUUCCAGUAUCACGUGGCACGCCAAUGUUAUCACAUUUAGUGGAAUGGGAGCACGGUGAAAAUUGGUAUGUGACAAGUUUCAACAUGGCUCAAGAAACAUUCAAUUGCGCAGAGCGCAUGGUCAAGAUGACUUUAAAUGACGAGCCAUCUGAAUUCCUGUCAGGUCACGUCGUCAAUGGUCGCAACCUCUAUCCCGCUACUGGAUAUCUAGUCCUUGUAUGGGAAUCAUUUGGUAUAAUGGGAAAGCUGUACGAUGGUACGUCGGUUAUCUUCGAGGAUGUCCGCUUUCAUAGAGCCACUAAUAUCCCUAAGGAAGGACAGCUGAUUUUCAUUAUUUCAAUACAUAGAAAUACUGGAAAUUUUGAGAUUACCGAAAGUGGAAUGUGUAUUGUAACAGGACGUAUCUUGGCAAAGAAUAACGUGGGACAAGAUUUCCAUGUAUUACCAACAGUACCUGAAGUAUUCGCACCUAACAUGAAACAUAUGCUUACUAAAGAUUUCUAUAAGGAAUUAAGACUUAGAGGAUAUCAGUACAGCGGCUUGUUCCGUGGCGUAUUGGGUUGUACAAUCGAAGGUACUCGAGGUCGUCUCGCCUGGGUCAAUAAUUGGGUUACAUUUAUGGACUGCAUGCUGCAACUAAAAAUUAUUGGCCAGGAUACCCGUGGUCUCUUUGUACCGACUAGAAUCGAAACACUGUCUAUUGAUGUCAAUAUGCACUAUAAAGCUAUAUCGAAAAUGAAUGUUUACUCUAAAGACAAUUCUUUCGAAGUCCGGGUAUACCCUGCCGUCAAUGUUAUCAGGGCUGGAGGUGUUGAAAUUAGAGGUCUACAUGCAGCACCAAUUUCAAAAAGGGUACCACUGGGAGAACCUGUGUUGGAAAAGUACAAAUUUAUUCCUAAUUUUGAAGACAACGAGAUGAAGAUACAGGACACCCUCAGAGCGAAUAUUCAAAUAAUUCUUGAAAACGUACCGACAUACAAAGUAAAGAGCAUUGAACUGGUUGACGAUGAAUAUAAGAAUAAUAGCUUACAACCUAUAACAGAAGAAAUUUACAAAAUCCUUGGUGAUAUGCCAUUAGUCCAGCCAGAAUUACUCUUAAUAAGUGAUGAGGCUAUUGAAAUGCCAUUUCCUAUAAUUGUGGAAAAUAAAAAAGUCAGUGGAGAAUCUAAUGCAGUCUUAUUCGUUGGAGCUAAUCUAUUAAAGAGAGAAUCUGUCUUAAAUCAGGCUGCAGCUACUCUUCGCGAUAAAUGCUUCAUUAUAAGCCGAGAGAAAAGCCGCCCAGAUCCCAAUAAACAAUCGGACGUAUACGAUAUAAUCACAAUCCAAAAUGUUGGAUCGGAAUUUUUAGUUCUUUUAAGAAAACGUAUAAGCACACGGUUAGCUGAGUACGUAAAAAUUGAAACUGCAGAUGAGGACUUUUCGUGGGUUGAAAUAGUUAAAGAAAAACUUAAGCUUGCUAAUAGAAUUGUACUUUAUACUCAAAACGAAAGCAUUAAUGGUCUCCUAGGACUAGUAAAUUGUUUAAGAAGAGAACCAGGCGGUGAAAUUGUUUCUGGUGUUUUAAUAACUGACCCAGCAGCUCCUGCGUUUGACCAUAAUUUGAUGUUUUAUAAAAAACAAUUACAAAAAGAUUUGGCUAUCAACGUGUAUCAAAAUGGACAAUGGGGUAGCUAUCGCCACUUGCUCCUCAGUAAUUUAGACACUGUACGGGUUCACCAUGCUUUUGUAAAUACAUUAACUAUUGGAGACUUGUCUUCUCUAAGCUGGAUUGAAGGAAAUAUCAGAAAGGACGUGGCAUUUAAAAAUCCUAAAAGCUUUCUUGUACAUGUGUACUGUGCAGCUGUCAAUUUCCGUGACAUUAUGACAGCAACAGGCCGCGUAACUGCUGAUGCUAUAGCAACCGGCAGACUUGCUCAGGAGUGUGUGCAAGGAUUCGAAAUCGUAGGACGCACACAGAAUGGUUCUCGGGUAAUGUGUAUGCUGAAAAACUCCGCAACAGCUAACAUGGUGGAAUGUGAUAGGAAUUUCACUUAUUGUAUCCCUGAUGAAUUCACCUUCGAAGAGGCUGCAACUAUACCAGUGACAUAUGGAACUGCCUACUGUGCGAUGGUAAUAAUAGGUAAAAUGCGUCGUGGUGAAUCCAUCCUUAUACAUGCCGGAACAGGCGGAGUAGGACAGGCGUCUAUAUAUUUGGCACUGCACUAUGGAUUGAAGGUGUUUACAACUGUUGGUACACCUGAGAAGCGGUCCUUCAUCAAGAAACUGUUUCCGCAACUUAAAGACAGCCAUAUUGGAAACUCCCGAGACACAUCUUUUGAGGAUAUGAUCCGGAGAGAAACCAACGGUAAAGGUGUGGAUUUGGUGCUGAAUUCGCUGUCCGACGACAAACUUCAUGCAUCGGUCAGGUGUCUUGGCUAUCGCGGAAGAUUCCUUGAGAUUGGCAAAUACGAUAUCAGCAACAAUACAUAUCUCGACGUCGCUCACAAGGAGCUUUCUUUUCACGGCAUUGUAUUGGACUACAUGUUUCAACAAUCCGAAAAAUUUAUAGAGAUGUUGUACGAACUUAUUAUAUCGGGUCUAAAUAGUGGAGCCGUUCGUCCAUUGACCUAUUGCACAUUCGAAAAGGAUGAUAUUGAGACUGCAUACCGCUAUAUGGCGUCUGGAAAACACAUAGGAAAGGUAAUUAUUAAAAUACGAGAUGAGGAGCAUAAUGAUCUAUAUACGAAACCUACUUGUCUCCCUAUUGAAGCAAUUCCUAGAUACAUGUGCAACGAGGAAUAUGUAUACGUCAUUGUAGGUGGUUUGGGAGGGUUUGGACUUGAGUUGGCUGAUUGGUGCAUCUUGAGAGGCGCCAGAAAGGUUCUCCUAACUUCUCGUAAAGGAAUAAGCAAUGGUUAUCAAUCUUAUAGACUAAGAGCAUGGGCAUCAUACGGCGCUGAUGUGCAAAUUUCUACUCACGAUAUUACCACCGAAUCUGGAUGCGAAGAAAUGCUAAAGAUGGCGAACGCAAUGGGUCCAGUUGAAGCCAUUUUCAAUCUUGCCGUUAUCCUGAAAGAUGCCAUAUUCCAGAAUCAAACUGCUGAGACAUUUAAAAUAUCUUUUGCACCUAAAGCACUAGCUACGUUGCAUUUAGACAAACUUUCGACUAUACUUUGUCCGAAGCUGAAAGAUUUUGUAGUAUUCUCCUCAGUAUCUUGUGGUCGUGGUAACGCUGGUCAAACUAACUAUGGUUUAUCGAAUUCUGUGAUGGAGAGGAUUUGCGAAAGACGAAAGAAGCAUGGAUUACCGGCUCUAGCUGUGCAGUGGGGUGCUGUUGGUGAUGUCGGUCUAGUGGCUGAUAUGCAAGAUGAAGAUAUACAAUUAGAGAUUGGAGGUACUCUGCAGCAACGAAUAUCAUCUUGUUUGUUGACUCUAGAUAAAUUCUUGAAACAAGAUUCGCCUAUUGUUUCUUCAAUGGUAGUAGCUGAAAAAACAGCUAGAAGUGCUAACUGUGAGACAAUUGUGGAUGCUGUUGCUCAAAUUAUGGGUAUUAAAGACCUCAAAACCGUAUCUCAACAAGUCUCUCUUGCUGACUUGGGCAUGGACAGUAUGACAGCUGUGGAGAUCAAACAAACUCUUGAAAGAGAAUUCGAAGUUUUUCUCACCGCUCAAGACAUAAGGACUCUAACAUUUGCAAGAUUAUUGGAAAUAACUGCUCAAUGUGGAAACACUCCAUCUAUAACAACUAAACCAAGUACGGAAGCCUCCGCCGGUCUGAAAGUUUUGUUAAGAAACUUUGGGGAAGAAAAGUUGGUGAACGAACCAAUCAUUUACAUGCCGACAUUGGUCAGCGAUGGAAUUGAAAAAAUAGAACCGAUCCACGAAAAACUGAUGAUUAUGCUGCCAGGGUUGGAAGGCUGUGCUGCAGUAUUAGAGCCUCUAUGCCUUAAACUCAAGAUCAAAGUGUGCGUAUUGCAGCUCGGAAUCGAACAUGUGAACGAAAAUUGCGAGGAAAUGGUGGAACGACUAUAUCAGUUAGCAAUAUCGUGCUUGGCACCCGGUUCCAAGUUUGGGAUACUUGGAUACAGCUUUGGAUGUCUCCUUACAUUAGACUUAGCAGCCAAAUUAGAAUCUGAAGGUUACAGGGGGGCCGUAUUUUGCUUGGACGGAUCCCCGGACUUCCUCUACUCUAUAGUCACUUCGAUAUUGAGCUUCAAUAAUGACGACCAAAUUCAGAACAGCCUAAUUUGCCAUACUAUGAACAAUAUAGCACCAAGCAAUGAUAUUACUAACAAUUUAAUACAAAAACUCAACGAGAUUGAUAAGUACGAAGAUAAAAUCGAGUAUGCUAUCGAGGUGUCUCCAGUUCAAACUAAAUAUUCUAAAGAAUUUAUCUCACGUAUGGCUCGAGUGUGUUUCGAUCGCUUAAAAGUAAUACUAAAUUACAAUUUGAAUGAUGUUAUGAAGCUCCAAUCUCCAAUUUUACUUAUGAGACCAAAAGAUAAUCCUCCGUUUAUUAAUUGCAAAGACGACUAUGGUCUGGAUAAGUUUAGUAAUGGAUCUGUAAUUGUACACUAUGUUGAUGGUAAUCAUGUGAGUAUUGUUGAAAAUAAAGAUGUAGCUGAUAUCAUUAAUAGUGUUAUAUCUAACAAUGAUAAAUAAUGAGAAAAUUUUGCGUUUUAAUACCGAUAACGAAAUGAACAUAAUGACAUUUGCCUCUAUUAUAUUUUUAUCAUCAUCCUUUAUUAUUACCAACCGAGCCGCCUUGCUUCGCACGGAUGCAUAACAAGACUUUAAAUUUCUCGGCUCGUUAUAUACUAUAACACAGAUGUAUUAUAUAUAUAAACCUUGCUCUUAAAUCACUCUAUCUAUUGCUGGAAACUGCAUUAAAAUCCAUUACGUAAUUUUAAUGAUAUAAGCGACCGACAGCGGCGGCGACUUUGUUUUAUAGUAUUUAUUACAUAUAAAAUGAUGAAUAAAAUAUAAUUGAGAACUGUAAACUCUUAUAUCAAAUAAUUAGAGGCACAAAAUUUAAUAUACCUACAUAUAUAUAACAUUAUUUUAUUUAAUUAUGUAUAUCAUAUUAUAUAAGAUACGGUUGAUAAAAAAAACCUAUCAAAGUAAUAAAUGAAGGUACUUAUCUAUACCUGACUUAUCCUGUUUUUGACAAGCUUAUUUAUGUCAGGUCAUAUUCGUUGUACUUGUUUUAAGAAUUCAUUCUAGAUGUUCAUUUAUAAGUUUUGUGCGAUGUUUGUGAUUAUAUAUUUUCAAAACGGAAACCAUCUGCUCACAGAAAUAAAAUAAAAUAAAAAUAAAAAAUCCUUUUAAUUCCUAAAAAAGAAGAAUUAUUAGCCUUCCCUAAUUAUUUAUAUACGUAUCAUAUUAUUGAUUCCUUUAUAUAUUCUAUUCGUUAUUUAAUUAUAUUAUAUUAUUUUAUUUAUAUAAAAUAUAUUAUUAUUAGUCUGCAACAAGAAUUAAAAUAUAAUUUCUU